UUUUUUCAUAUACUGGUAUCAGAAACAAUCAGAUGUUUGAAGGCAAUCAGACAUAAACGCUUCAAGUCGCCACCUACAGGCGGGAGAAGGAAACUACUGGAUCAUUUAACGUGGGGAAAAGGUCCAUGUAACAGAUCGGUGUGUAAGAAUCCAGAGUCAGCAGAGGGAAAUACAUCAGCGUUAUCACUCACACACCUAGCGUCAUCUGCACUGUAAUUAAUGUCACGUGACCCACUGAUGACGUGCGCGUAGUUUAUUUACAGCCGGAAAGCUGUUAAUAUUAGAUGAGAAGAGAGGAGAGCUACAUGCAGGUCUUCGAUAAUGAUAUGAAGCAAAAUUAAAUAUGAAUAGUGACGUCACACAGACCGGCACGUGAGAAGAAUGUAGAUUACAGGAAAGCCCGUGCAGAAUGCGGAAGCGCGCGCUCAGUAGAGUGGUUACGGAGUGCGCGCGGCGGGUGAAUCUGUAUAGAGCAGUAGCAGGAGGUCGUAGCGGCGCGCGCGGAGACGCUGGUGUUAUGAUGAUGAUGUGGUCGGUGGUCUCGUACCUGAGCAGCUCGGAACUGGUGGCCGGUUUCCAGCGCGCCUGCGGGUUAUUUCCGGCCCCACGCGCCACUCACGAGCGGCUCUGUCCCGACAGCACGAGGACCCACAGCCGCGCGAACGGUACGUCACCGCCGUGCCAGAACGGCGAGCACGCGGCGAAAGGACGCAAAAGCGACGUCUGGAGUUCUCAGUACGAGGUGAGAAACUGGCCACUGUACUACCUCUUUGUGGCAUCUGCCACUCUGGGAAAUGAAGUGUUCUACAUCUCCUUUCUGCCCUUCAUCCACUGGAACCUGGAUCCCUUCCUGUGCCGCCGCCUCGUCAACAUGUGGGCUGUGGUGAUGUAUAUAGGACAGGUGAUGAAGGAUAUGCUGAAGCUCCCUCGUCCCUCGUCGCCCCCUGUGGUAAAACUGGAACAUCGUAUCGAGUUCGGCAUGCCUUCAACUCAUUCCAUGGCUGCCACAGCCAUCGCCUUCACAUUGUUGCUGAGUGCCCCGGAGAGAGUGAAGUUUCAGUUUGAGGUCGGUUUGGUCGCAGCCGUGGUUCUUUCAGCCCUCGUGAGUCUCAGUCGCCUCUAUACUGGCAUGCACUCAGCCCUGGAUGUGAUCUGUGGGACUCUCAUAUCCGCCCUCGUUCUGGUUGCGUCCUACCCACACUGGGACAGCUUGGACUUCUUCCAGCUCAACAGCCCACUGUCCCCUGCCAUCUCACUGGUUCUGCCCCUCAUCCUGUGCUAUAAAUACCCCGAGUUGGACCACUACAGCGCUACGCGGGGGGACACCACUAUAAUUUUGGGCUGUAGUGCUGGAUGUUCUGUCGGUUACUGGCUCAAUCAGCGGCUCAGUGUGACUUUCGAACCCUCAGGGCCAUUCCCGGUGACCCUACCUCCCUUGACCCCAUUGAUCUUUACCCUUGGAGUUGCGCGGUUCUGCUUGGGGCUUUCGAUUCUGGUGCUGACCCGGCAGGUAAUGAAGUGGAUCGCACUGAGGCUGCUGUGCUGGCACUAUAGUGUAGCACUUAAUGACGUUAGUGCUUGCAGGAGGAAAGAGAUCGAAGUGCCGUCGAAGUUCAGCACGUAUACGGCGAUCGGAUUGGUCAACAGUGUGGUGGUGUGUCGGGUUUUCGGGCUGGUGGGGCUGCUGUGACUUUGCUAACGCUAACGUUAUCACAAUAUGGCAGCAUUGAAACAAGUGCCCCCCCCAAAAAAAAUAAAAAUAAAAAUAAAAAGCAUGACAUUUCAAUUCAAUUCAAUUCAAUUCAAUGUUAUUUGUAUAGCGCUUUUUACAAUAGACAUUGUCUCAAAGCAGCUUUACAGAAAUAUCAACACGGUAUACAGAUAUUAAAGGUGUGAAUUUAUCCCAACUGAGCAAGCCACUGAGUGGCGACGGUGGCGAGGAAAAACUUGCUAAGAUGUUAAGAGGAAGAAACC